AUGUCCGUAUGGAAUAGGAGUCACAUCUUCGAUUCUGCCAAUCUUAAGACCAGAUCUGGCAAGGGCUCUAAGAGCGGAUUGUCCACCUGGGCCUGGGGUCUUACUUCUGGUACCACCCAGAGCUCUCAACUUGACGUGGACAGCAGUGAUUCCGACUUCUCUGCACUUCACAGCAACGUCCUGAGCAGCCAACAUGGCGGCGUAUGGCGAGGACUCGUCUCUGUCGGCUUUGACUUUCAUACCACCAUAAUACCAGCUGCUACCAAAAGCAGUCUACGCUUUCUAUCUCUGAAUUAUUACUCUAUAUCUCCUCUAGUAGACGAAACCAAGGAUCUUACCAGAAACGUGCUUUCUCUUGGCCUCCUCGUGGUCCAUGAUACCAGCAGAGGUGGUCAGGAUAACGUAACCGAACUGUCUAGCUGGCAACAAGUUAGCAGUCCAUCUCUCGAUGUCGUUGAUCUUGACGUUGAAUCUUGGCUGGAUGACACCACACUUGUUGAGUCUACCGUUCAAUUGGAUAACAAUCUUUCCGGAUCUGUGGUCGUCAAUGUAUUCGAAUUCUCCAAUGUAGCCGUGCUUUUGCAUAACGGUGAGGAACUUGAUGAUCACCUUGGAAGAAGGUCUGAUCAAGACCUGUCUCUUUCCGGUCUUUUCGGCGUUGUUGAUGGCGUUGAGGGCGUCAGCCAAAACAGAGGUUCUAGUCAUUGUGAAUAG